AUGUGUGAGUGCCGUUACAAGACCAUUUUCAUUUUCAUUUUUUUAACUGUGUUUUUACCGCAAUUUGAGUUACGAAGUACUCGCGAUGCACAUCGAAUUAAAUCGCGAAGCCAAAAAGAGUCCACGCCAAUUCAAAAUACACCACAAGGUAUGACGACAAUUGCAACAAUACGUAAUCAAAACAAAACUAAUGAAACACAAGAUGUAACUACCGAAUUAAUCGUUCGUAAUACAACGAGGUUUUAUGAAAAAAAGCACAAACAAAUUACGAAAGCUCCAUUGCCAGUUUCAACAAUUCAAAGCAAAUCAUUCCCAAAGCGAAAAACUACGCCAUCUUCGAUUCAAAUCAGAUCACAAGUACUAAAUCAAUUUAAAAAUCAAAAUAAAACAUCAUCAUAUCGAAGCACUGGAAUGAAAUCGUUAAAUGGAACGAGCAAAAUACGGAAUCAAAACGUCAGUGCAAGUGUUCCAACAUCAAUCCGAAGCACUAAGUUUCGAAAUACUACAACAUUACUAACGCCAUUAUCAAAUCGAAACAUAAGUGACCGUAGUGACUCAAAAAAUCUACAAAGUAAAACGGCAUUCUCAAUUCGAAGAACAAAGGAGCCCACUAAUAUAAAAAGUGAUCAAAAUACAACAUCUUUAACACUUCAGAGCAGUGCUUAUGACAUAAUAUUUAGUAAAAAUGAUCAAAAUGUAUCAUCAUUAUCAAAUAAUAGUCGUAGUCGUAGUGAAAAUAGUCAUUUUAGAAAUCUUCCAAGUAAAACGCCAUUAUCUAUUCGAAAUACUACUAAGCCCAAACAUAUGAAAAAUUAUCAAAAUACAACAUCAUUAUCAAAUAAAAGUCGUAGUGAAAAUAGUCAUUUAAAAAAUCUCAAAUCUCUUCAGAAAAGAUCGCCAUUAUCAGUUCCGAAUACUACUGAGUCCAAUCAUAUUAAAAAUUAUCAAAAUACAACACCAUUAUCUCGCCAAACCAGUACUGAAGACAUAACUUUUGAUAAAAAUGAUCGAAAUAUGUCAUCAUUAUCAAGUCAAAGUCGAAGUGAGAAUAGUGAUUUUAGAAAUCUUCAAAAUACAACAAUAUUAUCAAAUCAAAGUAGUAAUGAAACCUUUCUAUUAAAAAAUUAUCAAAAUACAACAUCUAUACCAACGCUAUUAUCAAAUGGAAACACUAGUGACAGCAGUUAUUCAAAAAAUCUUCGAAGUACAACGGUAUUAUCAAUUCAAAGCUCUUCGGAAUCCACUAAUAUUAAAAAUGAUCAAAAUACAACACCGUUCUCUCUUCAAAAUAGUAACGAACACAUAAUUUUUAAUAAAAGUGAUCAAAAUAUAUCAUCAUUAUCAAAUCAAAGUCGAAGUGAGAAUAGUGAUUUUAAAAAUCGUCAAAAAAGAUCGCUAUUAUCAAUUGGAAAUACCACUGAGUCCAAUCAUAUUAAAAAUUAUCAAAAUACAACACCAUUAUCUCGUCAAACCACUGAAGACAUAACUUUUAAUAAAAAUGAUCGAAAUAUGUCAUCAUUAUCAAGUCAAAGUCGAAGUGAGAAUAGUGAUUUCAAAAAUCUUCAAAAUACAACAUCAAUAUCAAAUCCAAGCAGUAAUGAAACCGUUCUAUUAAAAAAUUACCAAAAUACUACAUCUAUACCAACGCUAUUAUCAAAUGGAAACACUAGUGACAGUAAUUAUUCAAAAAAUCUUCAAAAUACAACAUCAUCAUCAAAUGAAAACAGUAAUGAAGCCGUUCUAUUAAAAAAUUAUCAAAAUACAACAUCUUCACCAACGCUAUUAUCAAAUGGAAACACUAGUGACAGUAGUUAUUCAAAAAAUCUUCAAAAUAUAACAUCAUCAUCAAAUCAAAGUAGUAAUGAAACCGUUCUAUUAAAAAAUUAUCAAAAUACAACAUCUUCACCAACACUUUUAUCAAAUGGAAACACUAGCGACAGUAAUUAUUCAAAAAAUCUUCAAAAUACAACAUCAUCAUCAAAUCAAAGUAGUAAUGAAACCGUUCUAUUAAAAAAUUAUCAAAAUACAACAUCUUCACCAACACUUUUAUCAAAUGGAAACACUAGCGACAGUAAUUAUUCAAAAAAUCUUCAAAAUACAACAUCAUCAUCAAAUCAAAGUAGUAAUAAAACCGUUUUGUUAAAAAAUUAUCAAAAUACAACAUCUUCACCAACGAUAUUAUCAAAUGGAAACACUCAUGACAGUAGUUAUUCAAAAAAUCUUCAAAAUACAACAUCAUCAUCAAAUCAAAGUAGUAAUGAAACCGUUCUAUUAAAAAAUUAUCAAAAUACAACAUCUUCACCAACGCUAUUAUCAAAUGGAAACACUAGUGACAGUAUUUAUUCAAAAAAUCUUCAAAGUACGACGGCAUUAUCAAUUGAAAGCACUACCGAGUCCACUAAUAUUAAAAAUGAUCAAAAUACAACGCCAUUCUCACUUCAAAAUAGUACCGAAGACAAAAUUUUCAAUAAAAAUGAUAUAUCAUCAUUAUCAAAUCAAAGUCGCAUUGAGAACAGUGAUUUUAAAAAUCUUCCAACUACAACGUCAUUAUCAAUUCAAAGUAGCAGUACUGAAGCCGUUUUUUUAAAAAAUUAUCAUAAUACAACAUCGUUACUAAUUCGAAGCACUACUGAAAAAAUUUCUAUAAAAAAAAUUCAAAAUAUAACACCGUUCUCCAAUAAAAGCGCCACUGAAAAUAAUUACUCAAAGAAUUACGCCAAACCAAUAAUAUCACCGCUACUAUCAAAUCGAAGCACGAAUGAAGAAUUUAAUCAAAAUAUAAUAUCUACAUCAAUUAGAAGCAUUGGGAAAAGUGAUAACUUAAAAACACAAAAUCAAAGUUUAAUAACUUCAAGUUUCAUACAAAGUACGCCAUCUUCAAUUCGAAACACUAGUGAAAGCUACCGAGUGAAAACAACAGAUGAUACCGAGUACAUUCCAGUUUUAAUUUCACGCGCACCUAUAUUAUUUCGAAAUAAUUACGAAAAUAAUUAUUUAACAACAACGCCAUCGUCAACUACAAUUUUACGUGAGGCAACACUCAGCGUACCAUUGUCCACAGUAACAUUAUAUUCAAUUGAAAACAUUGGUGAGAAAAUUACAUCAGUAAUUGGAAGUAAUCUAAGUGUUAGUGAAAAUAAGAAUUCAUCAAUUCAAAACAAGAUUCAAAUAACAGCUCGAAGAACUUACCCAAAUACGACACUAUCUUCAAAUCGAAGCACAUUAACAUCACCUACAAAAAUUAGUUUACUUUCAAACGGUCGAUUUACAUAUAUAACGAAGCCCAUAGUAAAGGAUCGAAUUAAAUGCCAAAAUACAUCAUUAUCAGCCCGAAGCACAUUAACAACCAAAAAAAAUGCACCUCUUCGAAACAUGACAGUAUCAAAUGUUGCAAAAAAUUAUUUACAAAGCGUAACAACAGCACCGCUUUCACUUCCAAGCUCUGAUCAAACUAUUGAAAUCCCCAUCAAAAAGGAAACAGAAACUAUGAUGACAUCCGAAAGUUUUUAUAGACCUUUUUAUACAGAACCCAAACCGAAUGGUAAAUUUACUCUUGAAGAUAUGUUUAAGUUACGUCAAAAAUUAAAUGCCAUAAUUCCCAAACUCCAUGCACCGACAACGCGAAAUCCAUUAUUACCAAUAUUGGAUCUAACAUAUUCGGAUACUAUAGAUUUAAAAGAACCGCGUUAUCGUGUCGAUAAUAUCAAUAAUUUGUAUGCUUUAUGGCUAGCGAUGAGAGAUAUAAAUACAAAUCCUUUUAACACGAUGUUUUCGAAGGAAAUUAUUGAAUUUCAUAAGCGAUUUCCUUUUAAAUAUUUAAUUCCACCGGGUUUUUCGAAUGAUAUUCCUGUACCAAAUAUAGCUGAACGGGCAGAUAUUGUGGCACGUUUACAAGAAUUUCAAAAAUACACCAAUAAAAAACCAUUGACAGUGGAUUCAACAUCAUUUGUUGCGUUUGCUCCGAUUUUUAGUAUGACAAGAGUUGGGGAAACUACCACUACAGAAGAUGUGCCCGAUGCAGAGUUUGAUGAUUUGGAAGAUUUUAGUAUGGAAGAAGAGUUAGCGACGAACACAAAGGCAAGAUUAACUAAUAGUACAAUUCGGCGUGUACGCUCUGCUGAUGCACGACAAAUCAAACCAAAAUCAAAAAUUGAAAUUCAAACAACAACUUCGAAUUCUUUCUCCAAAAUGAAUCCGCAUUUAACUUGUGAAACAAGAUCAACACUUUCUAGAACUCAAGAAAAUACGAGUCACAGGUUAGAUUCAACAACGUUAAUCGUUACUUCUACAGUUAAACCAGAAUCAAACAUUGAACCUUCAAUAACUCCAGAAAUACAAGCAAACCAGAAAAAUAAAACAAAAUUAAUCGUAACUUCCACGGUUAAACCGGAAUCAAAAAUUGAAAUUCAAACGACAACUGCGAAUGCUGUCUCAAAAAUGAACCUGCAUUUAACUUCAAGUGAAACAGAGCCAACAACUUCUAGAAUUCAAGAACUACAACAAUCUCAAGAAAACGCUAGUCGAAGUUUAGAUCCAACAACGUUAAUCGUUACUUCUACAGAUAAACCAGAAUCAGAAAUUGUAACUUCAAUAACUCCAGAAAUACAAGCAAAUCAGAACAAUAAAACAAAAUUAGAAUCGAAUCAAGUGAAAAAUAUUGCUAUUGAAUCAGCAAAAUUAAUCGUAACAUCCACAGUUCAACCGGAAUCAAAAAUUGAAAUUCAAACAAUAAAUUUGAACAAUCUUUCAAACAAUACGAUGAUGCUUAAACCUUUGAAUUUAAUUGUGAAUCAAAAUGAAACAAAAUUGGUUAAUAAUGUGUUAAAUGUAUCAAAAGAAGUAAGCUUGAAUAACUUCACGGUUAAUUCGACUUCUACAGCAAAACCAGACAAAGAGAUGGAAUCAACUGUUGAAAAUGGACAAUUGACAAUGGCCGAGAAUGUGAAAUUUAAUUUAACUUCAAGUGUAUCCACACCGAACGAAAAUAUUUUUUCGAUAGUUAAGCCUGAAAAAAUGGUAAGUGUUCCAAAAGUUAUGGAUUUUAAUAUAACUUCAAACAUUUCCACACCAAACACAAAUGAUUCAGUGGCAACAGAGCAGCCGUUUAAUAAUCAAUCGAUUUAUAUGAAUUUUUCCCAAGAUCAGACAACAGAACCUACACGUCUUGAAAUGACGACAAUUCCACCACUUCUGAUCGAAAUUAUAUAA